AUGAGUUUGUUCACGCGACGUGGAUGCGUCGAGGUCUCUUCGGGCGACAGCGAGCUGGACUCAAUCGCCUCCACCGUCGUUGACUCUGCCGAUGAGCUCAUCGAAGGGCUCGCUCGAAUGGCCUUGGCCGGGCACUACAGCAGCGAGCCAAGAGCGUACGAAACUAACCAGCUCCUCCAGGGCCGGGGAAUGUCCCGUCGCCCGCGCGAGGUAGCGGAGACAGGACCCAGCAUGGGUUCGUCGAGACAGGUGACGCCCACGCCUUGCGCGGUCACUACUCCUCCGGCCUAUUACGCAUGCGCGCGGUCGAACAGACAAGGCGGCACUUUCGUUUCUACAUGCACUGCUCGCGACAUGGACGAAGCGGAAAACGACGCGCGCGCGUUCGAGAAGAUGUACCGGCACCUCGCCCGCGAGUACCUGAGAGGAAACAGUAGCGCCCACCGCGCGGUCAGCGAGACAAAGGCUGCGGGGUGCGUGGAACAUGAUAGUGUGGCCAGAAGAGGCAUUGCAAGUCCCUCUCCUUCCAUGGAACCCGCCCCCGCGCGCAAGCCAUGCCGCAAGCCCGACGAGCAGGCUCAGUCGCGGCUUUUGAAACCGAACCAGGCUCAACUGGCACGACAAAAUGAGAAGUACGAGAGAUGCAAGAGUCGCGAUGAGGAGGCGCAAAGGUAUCCGAAGCCCGUGCGUGUGCCUGCGGAGGCAGUCAAGCGAGGGACACGGCUCUUUCUCGAGGCCCAGGUGAAAGCUGACAACGUGAAGCGGGCGCAGGAGGCGCAGGCGAGGCAGAAAGCUGCACAGGAGACAAAGGAGUGCACGUUUCGCCCUUCCGUGUCGGCUUAUGCAGCGCGGUUCGCGGCGGGUGGGGCGUACUACCCGUUGGGGAGCCGGCUGGAGGACCGGGCCGCGCACGACGAGAAGCGACUGCGAAUGCGGCUCGAGCGAAUGGUGGAGCGCGAGAAAGAGUGCACCUUCAAACCCACCCUCUCUCCUGGAACGGAGGAGCUGAUGUCAAGCCUGCGCCGCCGCCGCCAACGCUGCCAUUACCGCCGCUCUUUCCGCACACCAGAAGCGAGCGAACGCGCGAAGAGCAGCCGGAGACGGCGUGCGUCACCUCCACGACAUGAGCCGUUUGAGCCCGGGGAGCGACUGUACCGCGACGGCGGCGAACGUCUCCUGCGUCAGCAGGUGCGACUUCAGAGAGCAGCAGCCAAGGAACAGCGCCACGUCGUUGGUUGCGGGCUGAGACUCUCUCACACCGACGUCCAACAGCUGGCCGACCGCUUCAUGGCUUGGGCGGCGACGCGUGCGGCGAACCGAGAAGAGCUGCGCAUGGCCUUGGAGCGGCAGGGGCGCAAAACGCCACGAGCCGCCGCCAAGCGAGAGGCGACGGCUGGGCGAGGAGAUGGUCUUCUUCGCAGCAGGUCUUCGACUUCAAAAGGCUCUACAGCCGUGCCGUGCUUCGCGCAUCUAGCGAGGAGCAGCAGUGGUAGCACUUACCCUGCGGCGACUGAUGCCUCGGCGCCGCUGCCGCUCAAGAUCAACAGCGACUUCGCUUCUCCCGGGGGCUCACUGAAAGCCUGCGUGGAAACCGACAAUCGAGCAGCAUCGCGGGCGCCGUCGGAUAGAGCACGCUCGCCACGGCUUCCUUCAGACGCCGUGUGCGUGGCGACGGCCACUUGCACCCCCCGGAGUCUGGCGGCGCCGGCAGCAUGUCCUGCGGCGAACGCGUCAGUGCACAAGGAGCUCCUGCGCAUCCGCCUCGGUGCUCUCUUUUACAAGUACGCGGUCUCCCCCACAGCCACCGCCGUAUGCCUCGCCCAAGUCAAGCAGCAAGUCCGCUGCUACUACCCAGAAGACGCCGGCAUCGUCGUAGCACUUGCGUCUUCCUUCGCGGAUCGGCAACAGCCCAUCACGAAGACAGAGUUCAUGGCAGCGCUGGCCCGCUACGUGGCGCAGUAUGGCAUACAACCGUGGUGUCUGCCCCAUCACAGUGACCCCAACGCGAUCGUGGGCGUGCCUUACAGCCCGUCAGAUUCUUCUGCUGCCGGUUCUGCGGGUGCCGUGACGUCGAAUGGCUUGGUGAGCUCCGGUGACUCGCUGGGGGCGAUGGAUGGCGACGCGCCGGUCUCUACACCGCCAUGGGGGGGAGGGACAGAGGCCGGUAGUAGUGCGCCGGGCCGCCGGAGUGAAGUUGGCCGUUCGGUGGUCGCACCUGCAGCGGCACGCGCCUCUGAAGGCGCAAGUGACGAAAAGCCGGUUCGAACGCACAUCUACACCGUUCCUGUGCAGGCUGACUGCUCUCCGGGGACAUCCGCACCCGCCACCGUCACGCCAAGCUGCGCUGCAAAGGCAAGCGUGGUGAACACUGCGGUAACACUGAGGCGUGGAGCCGCCGCUGGCAAGUCGAGGGAGCCUCGUUGCGGUAGCUCGCAAAGUCGCGUUGCCUCCAAAGACACACCGCCAACGAGGAUUCCGACCGCUGCUGCUGACUUUGUGCGCGGGUAUGAGGACCACGUGCAGCGGCAGCGUCGCGCCGUCGACCGCGCGCGUGCGACGAGCGAGGCAGGUCAAAAGAAAGCGUCGGAGGAGUGCACGUUUCACCCCACAUUGACUCCUCGCAGCGUGGUGCUCAGCGAGCUGAAUAUGGAGAAGCGAAUGGCCUACGCGCGUGAGCUGCAGCUGCGACGACCGGAUCUCCACUCGCGCAGCUCUACAGUGCUGGCGGCGCGGAGCGGCGACGAUGAGCUACCUCGCGCCGCUCCGUCACAGAGAGACGCGAGAGCCUGUGACGCACUCGCCUCCACGCAGACACCUCCGGCGACGCCGUCCACAAAGCACCCAUCCGUGUCGCUCUCUAGCACGUCUCCGCCCUUGGGCUUCAGCCCAUCUAUCGAAUUGUCGAGUCCAUCCUGCAGCACGCCGCGGCACGACAACGGAAGCGUGUCGUCAAAGCCUGCGGCAACGCCGUCGCCUUCACAGGAGGAGCAGUUCACCAGGGACGCGGGCACGCGUCGAGCCGUAGCCGAGCUAGAGCAGCUGCUAAGCGAUGUGGCGGGCAAAGGGCGCUCAACCCAACCCGCUCAGGAGGGAGCGGGGACGCCGCCGCCCUAUCCUCCAGUACACGCGGCCGUUUCCAGUAUGGCACACGACGGUGCGACGACUGCGAAGAACGGCACCGAUCUGGCACAGACGCUUUCCACUGCGCCGUUGUCUUGCUUUUUCGCGAUGAAACCGGCGCAGGCUGUCUUGCAUGCCGAGGAGAAGUACCUUGAGUCGCGGCACACUGUGAAGGCUUCGCGCGUCGAGAACUAA